AUGUUGAUCCUGUCCACGCCCAAGAAUAUAAUGGGCCAGGCCAUCUCUCGCAUAUCACUGCGCUUCUGGGUCCUCCUCAAAAAUUUUUUGGGCGAUGGAAAAAGAACUGAGCUUUUCUAUACGUCUGAUGGAAGUCUCAAAGACCCAAUCCUCUUUCCGACAGACUUUAACUUCCAGAGCUUGCUCAAAAACAUACAUGGCGACGACAAGACGAUGUUUAUCGAAUUUGUCAAAAGGAUGAUCAAAUGGCGGCCGGAAGAACGGAGUACAGCAAAAGAACUGCUUCAAGACCCUUGGCUUGCGGCGGAAUAUGACGAGAGCUGA